AAGGAAGGGUCCGGUAAUGUAGUUGCAAUGGUUGGAGAUGGAAUAAAUGAUUCCCCUGCGUUAGCCGCAGCUGAUGUAGGAAUUGCACUUUGUUCAGGAACGGAUAUCGCGAUCGAGGCUGCGGAUAUGGUUCUUAUGAGGUUAGAUCUUUUAGAUGUUGUGGCCGCAAUAGAUUUAUCGCGUACAAUUUUCCGUAGAAUUCGAAUGAACUUCGUGUGGGCUUCUCUGUAUAAUGUCCUUGGAAUUCCUAUUGCUAUGGGUAUCUUUGUUCCGUGGGGAUUAUAUUUACAUCCAAUGAUGGCAGGGGCUGCUAUGGUUUUUUCGAGUGUUAGUGUUGUAUGUUCUAGUUUGAUGCUCAGAUGGUGGACUAAACCUAUAUGG